UUGGUGAGCAGUCCCUGGAAGAUGACGGUCUUUUGUGCCCUUAGCCCGCGGCCCUCAGACUGCGUUGCCCAGAGGGGCUAUUGCUAGGCGUGUAGGCAGCACUGAGAGCUGGUCGCGCCCCGCGCCACUGGAGCUACAGCGGAUGUGCUUUCUGUGUGUGAGUACGCUCCGAGUGGAAAAGCAUGACCGCUGUCCGUGUUUCGUGCUUGCAGGUGCUGAGGAGGAUUGCAAGGUCCCCGUGCCUCAGAAUGGCUGUCGGUGACCGUGAGGAGGUUCUCAAGUACUAUGAGUUACACGAAACAAUUGGAACAGCUGUUACUGCAGAAUCUAUAGGUCAUGUUUCAAGGGUGUGUUUUGGGGGGCAGAAAUCUGAAAAUGGGCUCGCAAGGUGUAGUAGUGAUUCCCUUCUUCCUCGAGUGAAGACACUGCACGCUGUGCCUGGUGGGUUUGCAAAGGUAAAACUUGGACGCCAUCUUCUCACUGGUGAAAAAGUUGCAAUAAAAAUCAUGGACAAACUUGCUCUAGGGGAUGACUUGCCUCGUGUUAAAACAGAAAUUGAUGCCAUGAAGAACUUAAGUCACCAGCAUAUUUGCCAGUUGUAUCAUGUGAUAGAGACAUCCAAGAAGAUAUUCAUGGUCUUGGAGUACUGUCCUGGAGGAGAGCUGUUUGACUACAUCAUUUCUAAGGACCACCUUUCAGAAGAGGAAGCUCGUGUGUUUUUUCGGCAGAUUGUUUCAGCAAUUGCGUAUGUUCACAGUCAGGGAUAUGCCCACCGGGAUCUCAAACCAGAAAAUCUGCUGAUUGACGAGGAACAUAAUUUGAAGCUGAUAGACUUUGGACUUUGUGCAAAGCCGAAGGGUGGCCUUGAUUACCAUCUGAACACAUGUUGUGGAAGCCCAGCUUAUGCAGCACCAGAGCUGAUCCAGGGCAAAGCAUAUAUUGGAUCAGAGGCAGAUAUUUGGAGUAUGGGAGUACUGCUGUAUGCUCUGCUGUGUGGCUAUCUCCCUUUUGAUGAUGACAAUGUCAUGGCUGUCUACAGGAAGAUAAUGAGAGGAAAAUACAGUGUUCCAAAGUGGCUCUCUCCUAGCAGUAUGCUACUACUUAACCAAAUGCUGCAGGUGGACCCAAAGAAGCGGAUUACAGUUAAACAUCUGUUAAGUCACCCUUGGCUCAUGCAAGGUUAUUCUGAUUCUGUUCAGUGGCAAAGUAAAUACCCACUGGGACAUCUUGAUGAAGACUGUAUAACAGAGCUUUCUGUGUUUCAUAAACAGAGCAGGGAGAGUAUAUUGAAAUUAAUAUCAGAGUGGAAAUAUGACCAAAUGUCAGCAACGUAUCUCUUGCUUCAAUCCAAGAAGGCUCGUGGCAAGCAUGUUUCCUUAAGAGUUCAAUGUCUGGCAGGUCAUGCCAGUACAACACAAUUGGCAGGCCUUGAGUCUGAAAACACUGUGACAUAUGAAGAUACUCUAGACUGCAGUGAAAUGCCACAUGCAUUUGGAUCCAUGGAAUUUUCUGAUGCAGCUUCACUGUUUGAAGAGUCUCCGUUAGAAGAAUUUGUUGUAAAUACUCACAGAACAAAGCAGCAUUCAAGGCAUGAUGCUCAGCUGGAUGGUACGGAAUUCACACUGUCAACUCCAGUGACAAGGAAAGUGGCAUCAAAGAAGACUCCUUUUGCAAAGCAUCAGAUUGAGACACAAUUACAAACUAUACCUUUUCAGGCACCUGCCUUCAAAGAGAAUCAGUUCACUGCAAUCACCCCAGCUAAGAAACCCAGAAACCUGACAAACACAGAUGAAUUGACAGCAGCUGAGGUUCUUCCCCAAAAAAGGUGUCAUUCUGUGGAAUUAGAUCUGGACCUAGCUCAUGUGGGUAGCAGCCAAAAGAAGAGAAAAGCCAAAAUAUUUGGAAGUCUUGAAAGAGGCCUAGAUAAAGUGAUCACAAUGCUUACGCCAAGCAAAAAGAAACGAUCCACUAGAGAUCACCCAAGGAAACUUAAGGCACACUACAAUGUUACCUCCACUCAGCUACUGAAUCCAGACCAGCUCUUGAAUGAAAUAAUUGCCGUUCUUUCAAAGAAGCAUGUGGAAUAUGUUCAGAAGGGUUAUACCCUGAAAUGUCAAACACGGACACAUUUUGGCAAAGUAUCUAUGGAGUUUGAGUUAGAAGUGUGUCAGCUCAGCAAACCUGAAGUAGUGGGUAUCCGACGACAACGGCUUAAAGGGGAUGCCUGGGUCUACAAGAGACUGAUGGAAGACAUUUUGUCUAGCUGCCUAGUGUGAUUGCCUGAUGCAUGUGCUGGGAAAGCAGCAGUUUUGUACUGAGGCUUGAAUCAUAAUGUUUUAGAAAGGUCUGUUUAGAAAAGUAAUUCUUUGUCACAUUCACAGCUGUAUUUGAAAAAUCUGUUACCUGUCUUUUGUUUUUAACCACCCCUCUUUGUACAUUAUGCCUUCUGUAUGUUUUCUUUAAAUCAAGUUUGUAAUAAAUGUUCUGCAGCUGCAAUUCUUUGAAAUAAAAUUCUGUAAGCUGUU